AUGGCUCUGUCUUCCAGCAGCGAGGGCCAGCAGCCGCAGCAGCGGAGUCCUCUGGAGCUCGCAACCCUCUUUCGGGUACAAGCAAUGCUGUGGAACAUGCCCAGGCCAGGUAGCCAGGACUACUCCGACUUGACGGAGUUUGAUCUUGAAUGUGUUCGCCACGCUGGUCUGAGUGCUCUUGAGUACUUGCAGAAGUCCGACGAGCACCUCAGAGUCCACUUGGAGGAGAUUGUCGACACCCUAACCACGCUCCGUUAUGGUGUUUCCUCGGGCGGGGAUAUCGAGUACAUAAGGACAGCAAUGGUGCCGACCCAAAAGAACCUGCCGAAGCACUACCCUGUCUAUAUGCAGGAGCAGACACAGUAUGCCUUGCUGAUGCUCGAGAAGCAUGACAAGCUCCUGAAGCAAGGCAUGACACGCGAGCAGGAAAACUCUGUAGUCUUCUUUACGCA